AUGCCUCUUGUCAACACCACCGAGAUCAACGAGGACACUCGUGUCCUUGGAUACGACCCUCUCCUAUCACCUCAGUUCCUCCAGACUGAGAUCCCCGCGCCCGACCGUGCCAUUGAGGUUGUUCGUAAUGGCCGUAAUGAGGCCGUCGAAAUCAUCGAUCAGCGCGAUGACCGCUUGCUGGUUGUUGUCGGACCCUGCUCCAUUCACGACCCAGACACCGCACUCGAGUACGCCCGUCGGUUGAAGGAGCUCUCUGGCAAGCUGUCUAAAGAUCUUUUGAUCAUCAUGCGCGCCUACCUCGAGAAGCCCCGUACAACCGUCGGCUGGAAGGGUCUGAUCAACGACCCGGAUAUCGACGAGUCCUUCAAUAUUAACAAGGGUCUGCGCGUCUCCCGUAAGCUUUACGUCGACCUGACUUCUACCGGCCUCCCCAUUGCCAGUGAGAUGCUGGACACCAUCUCCCCCCAGUACUUGGCCGAUCUCAUUUCCCUUGGUGCCAUCGGUGCCCGCACCACCGAGUCCCAGCUGCACCGUGAGCUGGCCUCCGGUCUCUCCUUCCCCAUCGGUUUCAAGAACGGCACCGACGGUAACCUGACCGUUGCCAUUGACGCCAUCGGCGCCGCCUACCACCCCCACCGCUUCCUCGGUGUCACCAAGCAGGGUCUGGCCUCUAUCACCAAGACUGCCGGUAACGAGCACGGCUUCGUCAUUCUGCGUGGCGGAAACAAGGGCACUAACUACGACCGCGACAACAUCCGCACUGCGCGCCAGGCUCUGGCUUCCAAGAAGCAGCGUGAGGUCCUCAUGGUUGACUGCUCUCACGGAAACUCCAACAAGAACCACCUGAACCAGCCCAUCGUUGCCAAGGCCGUCUCUGACCAGCUGCGUGAGGGUGAGUCUGGUAUCAUCGGUGUUAUGAUCGAGUCCAACAUCUACGAAGGUAACCAGAAGGUCCCUCCCGAAGGACCCUCUCACCUUCUCAAGGGUGUCAGUAUCACUGAUGCCUGCAUCAACUGGGAGAUGACUGUUGAGGUGCUGACAGAUUUGGCCGAGGGUGUUCGCGCCCGUCGUGCACUUAAAUCCAAGUCGAAUGGCGUUAAUGGAUCGCAAUAA